ACAAGUCCCUCAUUCCAGUCCCUUUCAGCCGCUCGAGUGGUUUAGUUUGAGAAACACGUGUGAAAGUUGGAGCGUCUGUCCAGCGCGACGGUCGACGUGUGACAGACCCGCAGCUCACAUUUGCUCCCUCUGACCUGAAACACGUCGCUUCACCCUCAGCGGUAAUUCCUUGAUGGCACCAGUAGGACGCUGGCAAAAAGGCAAAGAUCUGACAUGGUAUGCCAAAGACAAAAAAGGUGGCGCACCUUUGUCCAGAGAAGAGGAGCUUGCUGCUGUAAGGGCUGCAGAGCAGGAGGCACUGAUGGCUGCCCUAGGGCACAAGAAUAUAAAGAGACAACCAACUGGCCUGACAAAAGAGGACCUUGCAGAUGUGUGCAGGAGGGAAGAGGCUGACGGUGAGGAAAGAGAUGUGGACCGUAUCUCAGGACUGGGAAGCUCUGGGGCGGGCUCCCGAAAAAUGGUGCUCUCUCAAAAAGAGAAGGAGGCUGCUAAAAUGGGCCUGUCGGUUUUUACACACCAUAAAACCGAUCGUUGUCCAGAAACCUCAUCGAAGAGGACAAAUGAAGGAGUAGCGAAAGAGGAAGAGGAACAAAGACAUGAGAGCAAGAAGAAAAAGAAGGAAAAAAAGAGCAAAAAGGAGAAAAAGAAAAAAGAGAAAAAGAAGAAAAGGCAGAGAAGAGACUCGUCGUCCUCGGAGUCAGACAACGACAGAAAAAGGCACAGAAAGGACCACCAUCAUCAUAAUCCAUCAUGCCACAGUCAGAGUGGAGCCAGACCCCAUGACAGCCAUUCAAGGGGGGGGGCAAAGGCCGAGCGCCACCCCUCCCACCCCCAUCGUCGACAGCAGCGGCAUGACACAGACUCCUCCAACGGGGGGUCUCCUGUCCCCCGAAACCACGCCAGCUACAAGACGGCCCCUGCUGGUGCCACACAAAGCCACAGGCGGCGCCACGACACAGACUCAGACGACUAAUGUCCACUGCCCCCGCCCCGCCCCGCCCCCGCCCCCCCACCUAGUCAAAGAUUGGCGGAUGGAGCGCUCUGCCGCAGCCUGACUAGCCCACAAGACCUCAUUUGCCCCGGACAGUCAAACACACUGAGGAUGUGAGCCGGUCAGUGGGCCUGAACGGGACUCGGCCACAUUUUAGCCACUUAAACAAUGAGCUGAUGAUGCAGUUUGUGUUUGCUUUUGUUCUGUUAAAAAUUUGUUGUGACCAGAAAAAAAUGUUUUAGGUGAUGAAACUACCAAUUAUUAAAUGUUUGUAUUUUUGGAUACCCAGCAGUGAUGAAAUUUUUAUUUUUAGAAUAUAUUGUGAGAGAGAACAUUGUGCAAGAUGAAUUAUUUUGCAAAAGAAAGAUAGUGACACUGUUACACAAAGUUUUUUACAUGUCUGAGUUUAAUCUCUCUAAUUUUCUGAUGUUGGUGUCAUCUUUGUAGCCAAGCGGUUAUUGCUGUAAUGUUUUUUUAUGACUCUUUUAGAAAUCACUUGUCAAUCAAACA